GGAAACCAAAUUCAAUCGCAGCGUAACCAGUGAUCUUGUGCUUCGAAAAUGGAUAUCUCCGACUCCGAUCUUCUUUUGCUUCUGUUGAGUGUCGCUAAAAAGCGACGAAGCGAGAAGGCGAGAAAGCGAGAGUGGAUUAGACCAUUUCUUCAAGAACGGCCAGAGAUGGGAGAAUUUCAAUUCCUGUGCCGUGAGCUCGCAUCAGAUGAGGACAAGUUUUUCCAGCAUUACCGUAUGUCUCGAAAAUCGUUUGAGGAGCUGCACACGAUACUAAAAGAUGAGAUUUCUGUUAUAACAACCAACUUCCGAAGCAGCAUUACGUCGAUGGAAAGGCUGGCCGUAUGUCUAAGGUAUUUAGCCGUUGGAGGUAGUCAGCGGGAUAUAGCGGAUUCCUUCAGAAUCGGUCGCUCUACGGUAUCGGGUAUUGUGACUCAAGUGUGCGAAAAAAUUUGGCAAGUCUUGCAACCAACAUAUAUGCCUGUACCGUCGCGACAGGUAUGGGAAAGUACGGCUCUGGAGUUUUACGACCGAUGGGGAUUCCCUAACUGUACCGGUGCGAUAGAGGGCAAGCAUGUGCACAUACGGCGUCCCAUUGACGAGUCCAGAGUUUGUUCGUAUAAAGGGUUUCAUUCUUUGGUUUGUUUGACCGUUGUGGACGCCAUGUACCGGUUUCUCAUAGUCGAUGUGGGAAACUAUGGUGCAAAUGGGGAGAACGCUAUUCUGAACGAUUCCAAUUUUAUCGAAAAUUAUUUUGACAAUUUGGAGUAUCCACAACCGAGGACAUUACCCGGCAGCCGGAUUAUCACGCCCUAUGUUUUCCUCGGGAACGAAACCUUUGCUCUGAGGACUUUUCUAAUGAGACCAUAUCCAAAGAUUACAUGCGUGGAUAGAACCGACCGGCAAGAGUUUAAUGCUCGUCUGAAUCGUGGUCGUACGGUAGUGGACAAAGCGUUCGGUAUAUUAACAUCGAAUUGGAAGGUAUUCUUAAAGCCAAUAGACUGCAAACCGGAGGGAGCCGACGCAAUAGUGAAGGCAACCUGUUGCCUGCACAACUUUCUCCUAGAGCAAAACAGUGCCCUUACAGACGUGGAUUAUAGGCCAGAAGUGCAACCACCUCGAGGUAAAAUCGACAAGAAAAGCUAUGCGUUGAAACCGAUAGGAAAAACAAACAGCCGAGCAUCUAGGGAUGCCCUCGAAAUUAGAGAUCUCUUUACCGAAUAUUUUAGUCUACCACACACCGAAUAGUGUAAGUGUACUGUUUGAAUAAAUUGCGUGUCAUCAAACGUUUGA